CUCGCUCUCUCUCUUUGUUUAUCUCUCCAUCGCUCUCGCCAGCUGCUGUCAGACUUUUUUGAGGUGGUAAAGAAACCAAGCAGAAUCGUCAGACGAGGCGUCCAAGACUCCAGAUGAAACGAGGCGUCCUGAUGGUCCUGACCAGACGCGCCCCGUGAGGCAGGUGGGUGUUGGACAAGCAUCCCACUAAGGUGCGCUUGAAGACAAGCGGCUGCCAUGUUGACAUGCUGGUUAAACUUGCUAGUCGCCGGGGUACUGGUUGCCGCCACAGUCCCCAGUCAUGGCUGGAGACCCUGCACAGACUUGCAGCCUUUUGACCUGUUGGCCAGAGUUCUGCCCCAGCCCGGACGAACCUUAUCGCCACAGGUGCAGAUGGUACAGUCCGGGGGGUCCAGAGGUCUCAGAUUGGCUGACGCCACAGCAAUAUUGCUGAGUUAUGCUGCCAAUCAAAUCUUCACCAACUGUGACUUCUUCCCAGCUGAGUUCUCAUUGGUCGCCACGUUUAAGAUGCCCAGGCUGAGACAACAGAAACACGAAUACAUCUUGUCUGUGGUGGAUAACGAGGCGGACUCGCUGUUGCUGGGCUUGCGUGUGUCACACAACCGCGUCCAUUUGUUGGUCAAUCCUCCAGGCACGGGGGGGCGGCUCCGGCUGAGCUUCAAGGAGUUCAGCUUGGACGAUAACCACUGGCACACGAUGGUGCUGGCAGUCAGCGGAGUGGAUGCCGCGCUGACUGUCGAUUGUGGACUGAAGCUUGAGCUAACACAGGUGCGCUCCUUUCCGGCCGCCUUGAGCACCAGAGGGUCCAGGUUCUACAUCGGCACCCGGAAGAGGACAACCCACCGUUUUUCCGGUUUAUUACGUCAACUGGUCCUUGUUCCUGGUUCGGAUGCCACUACCAGACUGUGUCCCAGCUCGGAGCCUCAAUUGGCCCAUCUGCUCGUACCGCAGGUCCUCGUGUCCGUCCCCCUCAGCCCUGGAAGUCUCAGUCCACUUUACACCUACGAGGCGGAGGCCAGGGUGACGUCGGGGAGUCGCCCUCAGUGUUCCCGUUCAAAAGACGGUCAGCUGUGGUUCAACAUUUCUCGGAAGAGGAUGUCGGUGUGUGACGGAGUCACGUGGAAAACUCUUCAGGGCGGUAGCGAGCGUCUGGACUACGUGGAGGACUUCCAGGACUUGUACACAGCCUCAGAAACCUUUGAUGUGGAAGUCUUCUCCAUCCCGUCCGUAGGCCUCUUCCUGGCUGCCGCCAACAGGGACUCUGGGCCUGGCUCAGGGAUCUACAGGUGGACCAAGGGCUCUUUCAGACUUUACCAGAACAUCAGCACUCGCGAGGCUCGCGCUUGGAAACAUUUCACCAUCGACGGUCAGAGUUUCCUGGUCGUGGCCAAUUCCAGGGAGGCGGACCGAGAGCUGUCUGUUAUUUACCGGUGGAACGGUCACCGGCUGCGUUUCGUGCACUAUCAAAGCCUGGAGACGUAUGCUGCCCUGGACUGGGAAGCGUUCAACAUGCACAACCACAGCUUCCUGGUGGUAGCCAAUCACAGACAAGCAUCCAAUCACAACAUCAACAGCGUCAUCUACAGGUGGAACCCAAAGUCCAAGCUGUUUGAGGUGAACCAGACCCUGUCCACAUCGGGUGCGUACGACUGGGAGUUCUUCACCAUGGGACCGUACCACUUCCUGGUGGUAGCCAACACCUUUGAUGGCCGGACCACCAACAUCGGCUCGACCAUUUACAUCUGGAUGGACGGAUGUUUCCGGACCUUCCAAAACAUUCCAACGCUGGGCGCGACAGAUUGGGAGCCAUUCGAGCUGGGCGGACGCUUCUUCUUGGCGGUGGCCAACAGUCAGAAUUUGUCGUUGUGGCUAGGCUCAAGUCGCUACAGCAUCAACUCGACCAUCUACGAGCUCAGCACCCUCACUUGGACCUUUGAACGCUUCCAGGACAUCCUUACCCACAGUGCCCUGGACUGGGAGUUCUUCACGUUGGGUGAGGAGAAAUUGUUGGUGGUAGCCAAUUCUCAUGACGGGAGCUCAUACUCGCUAAAGAGUGUGGUGUACAGGUGGCAGGGCGCGGAGGGCUUUGUUGCGGUCCACAGACUCCCCACAUUGGGCUGCAGAGACUGGGAACACUUUAGCACAAAGCGAGGGCACUUCCUGGUGUACUCCAGCGCCACCUCCAGGAUCAGCAAAGUCUUCAAACUCAGGAUCUACUAGGGUUGCAAGGGUGCAAAUUUCCCAUGGAAAUUUAUAGGAAAGAAUGGGAAUAAGGCAGGAAAGGGAACUGAGAAAAGAUAUUUUAGCACCAUCCUGACUAAAACAACCAGACUGCAAGUACAGUUGUACUUUUUGGCUUCAAAGUGCUCCAGGUAUUUUUCGAGUUGAGAGCCAUCGCUUGGUUUUAGUGUAUGAUCCUAUUUUCAAUAUCCAUUUUUAUUCAAAUAUAUACUCAGUAUGAGUCAAAAACAUUUAUCCAAUUACAUUUAUCUCAUUGUCUUUACAAGACAACGGCCCCGGUGGCACCCGCCACCCACUGGUCUCGCAUGGGGCAUCGUUUUACUAAGCCCAACCACUAAAUAGAGUUUUUUUAAAUUCAAUUACAGUAAAAAUAAUGACUAAAUAGUAAUAAAAUUUUAAAAAUAAAAUAAAACUGACCAAACUAAAGAUAUAUUAAAAGAAGACCAAAUUCUGGGCUAAAAAGGAAAAGCUUGUGUCUUUGUUAUACAUAAAAACAUAAAUAAAAUCGAUAGAAAAACGAUCCAUCCAUCCAUUUUCUUCUUUACUAUCUGAGGUUAGGUCGAGGGGGCAGGAGCUUAAGCAGGGAAGCCCAGACUUCAAUCUCCCCAGCCACUUGGACCAGCUCUUCUGGGGGGGGGAUCCUGAGGUGUUACCCGGCCAGCCGAGAGACAUAGUCUCUCCAGCGUGUCAGGGUCGUCCCCGGGACAUCACGUGCCCGGGGCACCUCACCAGGAAGGUGUCCAGAGGGCAUCCUAACCAGCUGCCCAAGCCACCUCAUCUGGCUUCUCUGGAUGCGUAGGAGCAGCGGCUCAACGCUGAGCCUCUCUCGGAUGACCAAGCUUCUCACCCUCUCUCAGGAGACCCCAGACACCCUGCAGAGGAAACUCAUUUCCACCGCUUGUAUCCGCGCUCUUAUUCUUUCGGUCAGAACCCACAGCUCAUGACCUUAGGUGAGUGUAGGAACGUAGAUCGAUCAGUAAAUUGAGAGCUUUGCCUUUUGGCUCAGCUCCUUCUUCACCACGACAGAUUUAUACAGAGUCCACCUUACUGCAGACGCUGCACUGAUCCUCCUGUCUAUCUCCAUUCUUCCCUCACUCGUGAACAAGACCCUGAGAUACUUGAACUCCUCCACUUGGGGCAGGCUGUCUUCCCCAACCCAGAGAGGGCACGCCACCCUUUUCCAACUGAAGACCAUGACCUCAAAUUUGGAGGUGCUAAUUUUCACCCCAGCCGCUUGACACUCGGCUGCGAACCAUUUCAGUGCGAGUUGAAGAAGACGACUCAUGAAGUCAUUAGAACCACAUCAACUGCAAAAAGCAGGGACGUAAUACUGAUGUCACCAAACCAUACCAAUGCCUUGGCUGAGCCUACAAAUUCUGCUCAAAAAGGUAAUGAACAUAAUCGGUGAGAAAGGGCAGCCUUGGUCGAGUCCAACUCUCACUGGAAACAAAUCCAAUGCGGACCAAACUCUGACACCGGUCGUACAGCGACCGAAGUGCCCGUAUCAGGGAGUCCGGUACCCCAUACGCCUGGAGCACGCCCCACAGGACUCCCCGAGGGACACGGUCGAACGCCUUCUCCAAGUCCACAAAACGCAUUGGUGGGGCGAACUCCCAUGCACCCUCCAGGACCCUGCCGAGGGUGUUAGCGCUGGUCCACUGUUCCACGGCCAAGACGAAAACCACACUGCUCCUCCUGAAUCUGAGAUUCGACUUCCUGACUGACCCUCCACUCCAGAACCCCUGAAUAGACCUUACCAGAAAGGCUGAGGAGUGUGAUCCCCCUAUUAUUGGAACACACCCACCAGUCCCCCUUCUUAAAAAGCCAUUCCAGAGGCACUGUCCCCGAUGUCCCCGCGAUAGGACUCCUCCUUCAGCUUGACGGCAUCCCUUACUGCUGUUGACCUUACGGCUACAACUCCUCAACAAUGGAGGUGUGCACUUGGACUCAAUGUCCCCCGCCUCCCUCGGGAUGUGGGCGAAGUUCUGUUGAAGGUGGGAGUUGAAGCUCCUUCUGACAGAGGAUUCUGCCAGGUGUUCCCUACAGACGCUCACAAUACAAGUUUAGGUCUGCCAGUUUGGACCAGCAUCGUCCCCCACCAUUGGAGCCAACUCACCACCAGGUGGUGAUCGGUUUACAGCUUCGCCCCUCUCUUCACCCGAGACGUUCCGCAAGAAGGGUCGGCCCACCCAUGAGGUGGGGUCAGCAAUAAGUAAGGGCACUGCGGCCUCAAGGGGGCAGCACAAAUCUGUAAUUUAUUUAUUUAUUUAUUUUUUUUUUUAAAGAGAAUUUUUUUGGGGGCGGGGCGGAAUCACCUUCAUCCAUCCAUUUUCUGUACCGCUUUAUUCUCACUAGGGUCGCAGGGGUGCCGGAGCCUAUCCCAGCUAUACUUGGGCGGGGCACACCCUGAACUGGUCACCAGCCAAUUGCAGGGCACAUAAAAACAAACAACCAUUCACACCCACAUUCACACAGACGGGCAAUUUAGAGUCUUAAAUCAACCUACCACGCAUGUUUUUGGGAUGUGGGAGGAAACCGGAGUACACAGAGCAAACUCACACAGGCACAGGGAGAACAUGCAAACGCCACACAGGCGGGGCCGGGAUUUGAACCACGGUCCUCAGAACUGUGUGUUCAUUAUAAUCAUAUUAAAAUGUAGCCAAAUAUUACACUCAAAUAAAAUAGUUCUAAAAUAACAAAUUAAGGCAAAUUCCGCUCCAAGAAAUGGUCCUAUACUAUAUUGUUUCCACUUAUUAAACAGCACAAUACUGUAGGCUCACCAGGCAGAUUACAAAAACAGGAACAAGGCUGCAGUGGAUAUAAAAAGUAUAUAUAUCUAAUUUUGACCAAGAUAAAUCAUUUAAAAACUUUUUUUCACCAUUAAUGUGACCUAGAAUUUCUACAAGUCAAUUGAUUUAUUGUAUCUUUUUGAGAGGGGAGGUGAAAGUAAACAACUGAAAUCGACUUGUAUGUGAUUGACUUGGACUUGACGUUUAACUUGUUGCCUUCUUGGCCAGGUCACCGUUGCGAAAGAGUUCUGUUUUAACUGGUCUUUUACCUGGUUAAAUAAAUAAAAUAAAAAUAAAUGGUUGCACAAGGAUGCACUCCCUCUUAUUACUGGUAUGUGGCUGUGUUCAGAAGUAACAGAUCACAUUCAAACUCAUGUUCAAUGGGAGCCCACACACACCCGCAACCAUUUCAAUUUUGAAGUGCCCAAAACCAACAACACAUGCAUAUGGCCUUACAGAAACAUUAUUUGCUUUAUCCACUAAAUUGGCUUGAAUGAAGAAGCUGUUUGUUGACCGGGCUAAUUGAUUGAGAGUGUGAGUGAGUGAGCGAGAGAGAGAGAGAGCACAGAACGCACCCCAGAAACAGCACGUUUUACAGUUGUGACCAUAAAAUAGUGCUAAUGUUGCCAUAUGCACAGCCAAAGCAACAGCAAAAACAUCUGCUAUUUACCGGAAGGUGUUUUCUCAAGUGUGAAGUGGGCUGAAAUGUCCAAGUUUGGGCAGUGACAAGACUGCUGCAUGUUAAGCUGUUGUUUUUCGUAGUUUGUAAUGCAAACACGAGUAGCGCGUGGCUGUC